ACACAAUUAGACCAUAUCUGUGUACGACGAAAGGAUUUGCUGAGACGUAAUUCGUCGCGCAGGUCACAUGUCUGGUUUCCAUUGUCCGCAGAGCAGGCAGGGUGUGUACCGGCGGGGAGGCUGUGUGGGCUGGGCUGCCUGUUUUUUUCUCGCAGCAUCCUUUUAUACCGAGUGACAUCGCUUCCUUUCUGGAGGAUGCUCAGGGCGGAGGAGACGCUGCGUCCAUCUGGCUGAUGAAAAGCGGUUCAAACUGGCCCACAUGAGGUGUGUCUGUCAGAUUGACUGCUUUUACCAAAUCAUAGUGGGGCUGCUGCACCUGCAUGGAGCGCUACAUUGCGGACACCGCCCCAGAUAAUGGCUAUGUAAUGCGGUGAGGGUUGUUGCGUUUCUUUUUUUUUUUUCUAACCAAAAUGUCUAAAACCAAACAUUGCGAGGCGAUCAGGGUGGUGGUCCGCUGCCGGCCGUUCAACAGGAGUGAGGGGAUAUGGGGGUGUGAGAACAUUUUGGAGAUUGAUGACAAACUGGGGAAGAUCACCAUAAGGAACCCGAAGGCACCACCUGAUGAGCCAAUGAAAGUAUUCACGUUUGAUUCUGUCUACGGCUGGGAUUCAAAACAAAGCGACAUUUAUGAUGAUGCGGUGAGACCUCUUGUGGAGUCCGUGCUGCAGGGCUUCAACGGGACCAUUUUCGCCUACGGGCAAACGGGGACAGGUAAAACGUUCACCAUGCAAGGGAUUUCAAACGACCCAGAGAGGAGAGGUGUUAUACCAAAUUCAUUUCAGCACAUUUUCACACAGAUAGCCAGAACUCAGAAUCAGAAAUACCUGGUGAGGUCAUCAUACCUUGAGAUCUACCAGGAGGAAAUCAGAGAUCUCCUGUGCAAAGAUAACAACAAGAAACUGGAACUUAAAGAGAAUCCUGACUAUGGGGUUUAUGUAAAAGACCUGUCUUCAGUGGUCACAAAGAAUGCCACUGAGAUUGAACAUGUGAUGAACAUAGGCAACCAGUCCAGGUCUGUGGGGUUCACAAACAUGAACGAACGCAGCUCUCGUUCUCAUGCAAUUUUUGUUGUAACCGUGGAGUGCAGUGAGGUAGGGCCAGAUGGUGAGGACCACAUCCGUGUGGGGAAGCUGAACAUGGUUGACCUGGCAGGCAGUGAGCGCCAGAGCAAGACGGGCGCCAAAGGGAAGCGACUGAAGGAGGCAGCCAAAAUCAACCUGUCCCUCUCGGCGUUGGGGAACGUCAUUUCAGCCCUGGUGGAUGGGAAGAGCACACACAUCCCCUACAGAGACUCCAAACUGACCCGCUUGCUCCAGGACUCACUGGGUGGUAAUUCAAAGACUGUCAUGAUAGCCACAGUGGGGCCAUCGCACAAGAACCAUGAUGAAUCCUUGGCCACGCUGAGGUACGCCAACAGGGCCAAGAACAUAAAGAACAAGCCAAGGAUUAAUGAGGAUCCCAAAGACGCCCUGCUGAGAGAGUUUCAGGAGGAAAUUGCACGGCUGAAAGCCCAGCUGGAGGAACGAGGGAUGCUCGCUAAGGAGAGGAGGAGGAGAAGGAACAGCAAAAGACUGAGUAAAAGUUUGGCUGGUUUGGAGGAGGACAUCUUCAAAGAGAGGGAUGCAGAUGUUUGGGAGGCUGUUGAGGAGGAGCAAGAUGUGAAACAUUACACAAAAGACGGAGGUGACAUCCCCAAAGUCUUUGCCUGCCAGGGAGGAAACGAGAAGUUGAAGCACCUGAAUGAAAACAGAAAGAGUGUGGAGGACAUGCAGUGGGAUCAAGAUGCACUGGAGAAGAUCAUUGAGAAAUAUAAGGCUAUGGAGAGCAAAUUGUUAGUUGGGGGAAAGACCAUAAUUGAUCACACCAACGAACAACAGAAAAUGCUGGAGCUGAAGAGGCAAGAGAUUGCAGAGCAGAUACGGCGAGAGAGAGAGAUCCAGCAGCAGAUGAUGCUGCAGGAAGAGGAGACUUUGGAAAUAAGAGACACGUUCUCCUCCCUGCAGCAGGAGGUGGAACUUAAGACAAAGAAACUGAAUAGGGUUUAUUCCAAACUACGGUUGGUGAAGCAGGAGAUAACAGAUGUCAUCAACGAGCAUAUCAUAACCAGACAGGAGCUUGAACAAACAAUGAAUGAGCUCACCAGAGAACUCAAGUACAAAUAUCUCUUAAUUGAGAAUUUUAUACCUCCUGAGGAAAAGAACAAGAUCAUGAAUAGGCUGCACUUUGACAGUGAGGAGGAUCAGUGGAGACUCCAACCAGUCAUUCCAUCAGAGAGUGCACCCACUCAGGUCAAGAGAAGGCCUCUCUCUGCGGUGGGAUACAAGAGGCCAAUCAGCCAAUAUGCACAGGCGGCUGUUGCCACGGCAACUGGGGCCCCAUCCAGAUACCAGGCCGAGAAUAUCAUGCUGUUGGAGUUAGACAUGUCUCCGCCGACCAUGUUCACCUUGAACCUUAAUGGCACUCACCUGGAGAGAGCCUUCUCUCCCAGGCUGAUGCGAGAUCUUCUGGUAAAUGUUCCUGUCAGAGAGAGGGCAAGUGCAUCAUCACGGGUCAGGAAAUCCCAAUCCUGGUAUCAGCCAACACAAGCAGCAUCUGUCCCAUUGUCCUCGUCAUCUACCACACUGACAUCAGGAUCCCAGAGCUUCUCUCAAUGUCAGAGACAAAGACCAUCCUCUGCUUCCUAUCUUCCACUUGGGGAUCUAGCUCAGGCUAGUCCCUGAGAUGCAUCAGUACAACUGUAAACAGAAGCUGGCCUUAGUUCCAGGUGGCACAAAAGACUCCAGACUGGCUAAGGGGCAACUGAGAGAGAUGGCGGGGAAAUCUUAUGCCUUGAUUUUAAAUUGAUUUUAUCUUUUUUUUGAGAAAGAAACACUUCAUUAAAGGUGCAGUGUGUAGAAAUUAGUGGCAUUUAGCGGAACAGGCUUGGCAGAAAUGGAAUAUAAUAUUCAUAAGUAUGUUUUAAUUAGUGUAUAAUCACCUGAAAAUAGUAAUUGUU